AUGGUAGAUGAAUCACGUGAUAUUUCAACAAAUGAGCAAAUGGCGGUGAUUUUGCGUUAUGUGGACAACAAAGGUCAAGUAAUUGAAAGGUUCAUGGGAUUCCAACAUGUUACCGAAACAACUUCAAGUAAACUAAAGGAGUUCAUUGAUGAGUUCUUGAAACUACAUGACUUGAGCUACUCCAACUUACGAGGUCAAGGUUAUGAUGGUGCGAGUAAUAUGAGAGCAAAGAAAAACUCCGAUGUUGCCGCUUUUUUCACAUUGACUAAUAGUUUGGUAAAUGUUGUUGGAUGCUCAUGUAAGCGUCGUGAUGCACUUAGAGAAAAACAACAAGAAAAUCUCUUGAAAGCUAUUGAAAAUGAUUGUCUUGAAACGGGGCAAGGGUUAAAUCAAGAAACUAGUCUCAAACGUGCUGGGGAUACACGGUGGAAUUCACAUUAUGGUGCUUUGAUUAGUUUGAUUACAAUGUUCUCAUCUGUGGUGGAUGUGCUUGACAUGAUUGUUAAAGAUUGCUACAAUGAUAGUGUUGGUGAAGCAAAAAGGUUAUUAAAAGAUUUACAAUCUUUUGAGUUUGUGUUCCUCCUCUUUUUGAUGAAAUCCAUAUUAGGAGUUACAAACGAUUUGUCACAAGCAUUGCAAAAAAAAGAUCAAGAGAUUGUGAAUGCAAUGGCUUUAGUCAAGACAUGUAAAGAACAACUACGUUGCAUGAGGAAUGAUGAAAAUUUUGAUAUUUUGGUUGAUAAAGUAUCAUCUUUUUGCGUUGAACAUGAAAUUGAGGUGCCUAAUAUGGAUGAUUUAUAUGUCAUUCAAGGGAAGUCAUUGCGUAAGGCUCCAAGAAAGACCAAUUGCUUUUUCGAGGUCAUUGAUUUCCAACUUACAGAAUUAGAUGAUCGCUUCGCUGAAGGUAAUACCGAAUUGCUUAUUUGCUUGGCAUGCUUGAAUCCGAAUGAUUCAUUUGUAGCUUUUGAUAAAGAGAAGCUUGUUCGCCUUGCUCAUAUGUAUCCUAAAGAUUUCACGGAUCGAGAUAGAUCGGCACUUCAAGAUCAACUUGAUAUUUACAUUCAUUUUGUGCGUUCUGAUAAUGAUUUUUCUCAAUUGCGGGGAAUUAAUGAGCUUGCUAAGAAAAUGGUGGAGAAAGGGUUGCAUCGAACAUUUGCAUAUGUAUAUUUGCUUGUUCAGUUGGCUUUGGUUUUACCGGUUGCAACUGCUUCAGUGGAAAGGGCAUUUUCCGCUAUGAAUAUCAUUAAGGGUCCACUUCGCAACAAAAUGGGAGAUCAAUGCUAUCAUGGAACAUUUUCAGACCAUGAAACCUCGUCGUGGACGCUUGAAUUAGGAUUUUAUAGCUUGUAA